AUGGUUGGAGUUGUACCUCUCCAUCCAUUGACUUCAACGAUCUUACCUUCUUUGUUCUCGCCUUCGGCAACGUAUCAUUCCGCACAACCAAAUAUUUUCAACUGCGCUGCAUCAGUACCUACGAAAGAACAAGACGUAGAUCGAAUUAGUAUUGGCAUGGAAACAUCACAACAUGACAUGCGUAAAGAAAAAAAUGGCCAUGAUUGUUCGACAGUGCAAGGACGUGUGGCUGAUGCAAAGGUGGAUCUUUUAAAUUCUUUACAUCCUAUACUUCUAUCAUUAUGGCUAGAUACUGCACCAUCAGUAUUUGGAACAAUUUCGUCUUUAACUCGUGUAACACCUGCACUUCAAAUAGUUUACCUUGAUAUUAUGGAUAAACAGUGGAUAGAGAACAACUUAAAGCCACUGCUUAAACAUUUUGUAAUAUACUUUCCGUUUGGUGCAGAGUCUGCAGAUGUAUGUGACUUAAAGGUUGAACCUAUUAUACAAGAAAUGAAUAUCAUGUUUUGCGAAUUGGUGAUAUUAUUUUUGACUGCAGCAAAAUCUUCAAUGGAAAUCGUUAUGAAUAAAAAAGGCAUAUCGAACAAUACAGAGACUGGAUUAUUUAAAAAGCAAAAAAAACCAUCUAAAUCAGAAACUCAUGAACUACAUUCUUUGUGGACAGAGCAAAUUGCUGAAUAUGUUAUGGGGAUUUUGGGAUCUGAUUCAAUUGAAGAUAAUAAUAGAUUGUUGAGGGUUAGAUUUAAACCAGAAAAUUUGAAAAAUUUGAUACCUACAUUAUGGGGAUUAUUAAAUUAUUCUAAUAAAGAAUUACAAGAAUCUAUUUUUCAGACAAUAUUGGAUUAUUCAAAACGAUGUCGCACUCAAUCAACAACAAAACGAAUUUGUAUAGAAUUUAUUUCUAAAAUUUUAAUGGUUCAAAGCUUUUCAAAUUAUAAAGAUUCUUUCUGCAUGCAAAAAGAAUCUUCUUUAGUCAAGUCGCUUCAAAGUUGGGUAUUAAUGUUACCGAAAUUAUUAUACGAGUUAAAAACGGAUAGUUUUGAAACAAGUCAGAAUAUUUUGACUGUUUUAUGUGAUAUUGCAAAACGCGGGAAUAAAAGCAUUUUUGGAGAAGAGAUUUUGGAACAACUUCAAGUAUCACUUGUGCCAUUUUUUUACACAGAUUCACGAAAUAAAGAACCUUUAUAUGGGCCAUUUAUAUUAUUAUCGCAAAUGCAUCAACGUAAAACUAUUGAAUUUCUUUUUUACUGCCCAAGAAUUAUUGAUGAAAUGAUGCUUGCAUUGAAGCAAGUGUUAAAGAGAGAUGAGUCUAUAUUUAUUAAAUCUUAUAUAAUGUGUUUAUCUGAAAAAUUUUCAGAGGUAACAUCUUUAUAG